AAUUUACAAAAAAAUCAUCAAUCCCUACCGAUUUUUUUAGGUGACCAUUUUUCUAAGCAUGAUCGAAAUGAUAAAUCUUCUAAACUUUGAAUAUAAUUUGAAAUUACAUGUUUCAUCAGCAGAUUAUCGUCUAUCCACUAAACACGAGAAUUAAUAGAUUUGAAAUAUUCAUGACAUCUUGGCUGUGACGCAGUGAAUUUUAUUCCCCCAUGACAGAUUUUUCGCCACAUUAAAAACUCUUAUGGAACCACCUCUGUUGCAACUUGUUCAAUUUCUAGAUGAAAAAUUCAUAGAAUAUAUGUGCAACGAUUAAGGCAAUAAUUUAACUACCAAGAAUAUAACUGUAAAUUCACAACAAUUUAUUGAUUAGUGUUAAUUAUUAGUGACGUUAAAAUCCCAAUCUUGAAAGCAAUUAAUUGUCAAUUUGUAAUUAUAAUCUGUGAUUGAGUCAAUCGUAAAGUGAUUAAAGUAUAAAUUUUGUGGUAAAGUGAAUUAGGCCUAAACCGAUCAAGUUAAGUCUCAGUGCAUAAAGUGUAGCAGAAGUGGAAAUCAAGAGGCAUUAUCUCGGUAUCAAAAUGGCGUUUGCAGCAGCUCGUAUGAUCCUGAAGGAUAAAAGACGGAAGGCUUCUAAGGAGGACUUCAGGGACCCAAGAAACAGAAGCAAGGCUCGAAACAAACCAGCUGACGGCGGCGGUCAUGUCAAUCAGAAGAAUGCUGCUGGGCAGAAGGCGACCCCGCCCUGUCAAAAGGGGGCGUCAACGAAAGGUGGUCCCAAAACCCCGGUUAAGCCUUCAGCGCAGAAGGGAUCAGCCAAAACCGCUCCCCCGAAGCAGGCGGCGGCGGCUGCUGGCGUCAAGACUCCCCAGGGUAAGAAGAAGAAAGGCCACAAACAUCAGCAGUAUGAACUGAUCGUGACCAUCAAUUUGUCUGAGUACGGGCUCACGGAGGAGCAAGUGGCGGAGUUCAAGGAAGCUUUCAUGCUGUUCGACAAAGAUGAAGACGGAACAAUAACGAUGGCGGAGCUUGGCGUCGUGAUGCGCUCUCUCGGGCAGAGACCUUCGGAGACGGAACUACGAGAUAUGGUUAAGGAGGUGGAUCAAGAUGGGAACGGCACAAUCGAGUUCAAUGAGUUCCUCCAGAUGAUGUCCAAGAAGAUGCGCGGAGCUGAUGGAGAAGACGAGCUUAGGGAGGCUUUCAGGGUAUUCGAUAAGAAUAAUGACGGGCUGAUUUCUUCUGUGGAGCUCCGCCACGUGAUGACCAACUUGGGGGAGCGGCUCAGCGAAGAAGAGGUCGACGAUAUGAUCCGCGAGGCUGAUCUCGAUGGCGACGGCAUGGUCAACUACGACGAGUUCGUGACAAUAUUGACUUCGAAAAACUAGUAUGCAGUUAAACCGCCCAGAGAUCUCCCCCGACGCCAGUUGACGUACAACGAUCUGUACAAAUACGGGGGGAAAGAAACUCUAAUAUAAAAGUGUUAAGCGUUAUAAUUAAACGUUAUAACGUUAUAACGACGCGACUAGCAGUUCGUUGGCGGUGCUGCUGUACGCCGUUGCGUUACGUAGAUAGCUUGGCGGCAGUGUAUACGUACCUUCAAAUAUUUCGACAGAACGUGUUUUAUUCCGCAAUUAAAAUGAUUAAUUUUAUCUUCAAAAUGAUUAAUAAAAGGAUACGUUAUCUUUAUUUUUGUUUUAAAUAAUAUGUGGUGAAGAGUGAAAACAAGUUCUACAGUGUCGCUUCGUGGCAACAAUGUAACAGUGUUAGUUUGAUUAUAGCAAUAUUCACAGUAAUAUUUUCAUGGACAUUCAUUGUAAAAGGGUUGUAGAAACAUUAGAUCGAUUUAAAAAAAAAUGUGUACUGAUUUACGCAUGUAAGAAGUUGUACUUCUUUGGCAUAGUUGAAUUAUGUAUGAAGUCAACAAACCCCAUAGAAUGAAUUAUAUAAGAAAUAUAUAAAUUAAUUAUAGAUAAAUAAUAAUUGGUUUAUGUUAUGUGCUACGUAGCGCGGGCAAUUUCGUCACACGCUCAUACAAAUUGUUACCUGUUCUCUCAAAGGCGCCACAA